AUGAUCCAGAUUGUGAGCAGUGACGAGCCUGAACGACAGGCCAAACGUUCACACUCCACGGGCAUCAUAGGAAGUAGAGCACCAAGUCAAUCGCCCUCUUCUCUGAAUGAUGACUUGCUCUUUAUAGAGCCUCGAAUGUUUACAGGUCUGACGUCCCGCCAAGACGCCUCGACAACCUUCGCUGGAAAGUUCUGGAAACUACAAUAUCACUCCGCGAGGCGUGUUGACAUGUACUGCGUGACGUCACAUGUAAACAAACCAAGGGACCCCGCUGGACUUGGAAAAAAGAGACUAAACACUUGCGCAUCAUGCCAGCUGCGCAUGACGCUGCCCAGGAAUACAGGCAGCAAGGUCAGGGCAGGGUUGAGGGCCGGUGAUCAAGAGAGGAGAGGAGGUCAGGGGGGCCACAGCGACAAACACAGCCGCUACAGUGAUAAACACAGCCGCCACAAUGACAAGUACAGCCGCCACAAUGACAAGUACAGCCACCACAAUGACAAGUUCAGCAGCCACAAUGACAAGUACAGCCACCACAAUGACAAGUACAGCCACCACAACGACAAACACAGCCACCACAAUGACAAGUACAGCCGCCACAAUGACAAGUACAGCCGCCACAAUGACAAGUACAGCCGCCACAAUGACAAGUACAGCCACCACAAUGACAAGUACAGCCACCACAACGACAAACACAGCCGCCACAAUGACAAGUACAGCCACCACAAUGACAAGUACAGCCACCACAAUGACAAACACAGCCACCACAAUGACAAGUACAGCCACCACAACGACAAACACAGCCACCACAAUGACAAGUACAGCCACCACAAUGACAAGUACAGCCACCACAAUGACAAGUACAGCCACCACAACGACAAACACAGCCGCCACAAUGACAAGUACAGCCACCACAAUGACAAGUACAGCCACCACAAUGACAAACACAGCCGCUACAAUGAUAAACACAGCCGCCACAAUGACAAGUACAGCCACCACAAUGACAAGUACAGCCGCCACAAUGACAAGUACAGCCACCACAACGACAAACACAGCCGCCACAAUGACAAGUACAGCCACCAUAAUGACAAGUACAGCCACCACAACGACAAACACAGCCACCACAAUGACAAGUACAGCCUCCAUAAUGACAAGUACAGCCACCACAACGACAAACACAGCCGCCACAAUGACAAGUACAGCCACCAUAAUGACAAGUACAGCCACCACAACGAUAAACACAGCCACCACAAUGACAAGUACAGCCACCACAAUGACAAGUACAGCCGCCACAAUGACAAGUACAGCCACCACAAUGACAAGUACAGCCUCCAUAAUGACAAGUACAGCCACCACAAUGACAAGUACAGCCACCACAAUGACAAGUACAGCCGCCACAAUGACAAGUACAGCCACCACAAUGACAAGUACAGCCUCCAUAAUGACAAGUACAGCCACCACAAUGACAAGUACAGCCACCACAAUGACAAGUACAGCCGCCACAAUGACAAGUACAGCCACCACAAUGACAAGUACAGCCGCCACAAUGACAAGUACAGCCACCACAAUGACAAGUACAGCCUCCAUAAUGACAAGUACAGCCACCACAAUGACAAGUACAGCCGUCACAACGACAAACACAGCCGCCACAAUGACAAGUACAGCCACCAUAAUGACAAGUACAGCCACCACAACGAUAAACACAGCCACCACAAUGACAAGUACAGCCACCACAAUGACAAGUACAGCCGCCACAAUGACAAGUACAGCCACCACAAUGACAAGUACAGCCUCCAUAAUGACAAGUACAGCCACCACAAUGACAAGUACAGCCACCAUAAUGACAAGUACAGCCGCCACAAUGACAAGUACAGCCACCAUAAUGACAAGUACAGCCACCACAAUGACAAGUACAGCCACCACAAUGACAAGUACAGCCACCACAAUGACAAGUACAGCCACCAUAAUGACAAGUACAGCCGCCACAAUGACAAGUACAGCCGCCACAACGACAAGUACAGCCACCACAACGACAAGUACAGCCGCCACAAUGACAAGUACAGCCACCAUAAUGACAAGUACAGCCACCACAAUGACAAGUACAGCCGCCACAAUGACAAGUACAGCCGCCACAACGACAAGUACAGCCACCACAAUGACAAGUACAGCCACCACAACGACAAGUACAGCCACCACAAUGACAAGUACAGCCACCACAAUGACAAGUACAGCCGCCGCAAUGACAAGUACAGCCACCACAAUGACAAGUACAGCCACCACAAUGACAAGUACAGCCACCACAACGACAAGUACAGCCACCACAAUGACAAGUACAGCCACCACAAUGACAAGUACAGCCACCACAACGACAAACACAGCCACCACAAUGACAAGUACAGCCACCACAAUGACAAGUACAGCCACCACAAUGACAAGUACAGCCACCACAAUGACAAGUACAGCCACCACAACGACAAACACAGCCACCACAAUGACAAGUACAGCCACCACAAUGACAAGUACAGCCGCCACAAUGACAAGUACAGCCACCACAACGACAAACACAGCCACCACAAUGACAAGUACAGCCGCCACAAUGACAAGUACAGCCACCACAACGACAAACACAGCCACCACAAUGACAAGUACAGCCGCCACAAUGACAAGUACAGCCACCACAACGACAAACACAGCCACCACAACGACAAACACAGCCGCCACAACGAAGGAAUAUGUGGUGCUCACAGUGGUAGCAGACUGACAGUGGGAGUACGCUACAGGGCAAGCAAACCAACAGCACUAGAAAGUUACAUAUCUGAGUAA